AUGGGGAGCGGGACGUUGUGGGCGGGGCUAAGGGUUGGGGAGGCGGGGGAAAACCUCGACAGCCUCACUCUGUUUGAACCGGGAAACUUUUGGACCUCUGCCUGGAGCCGUGCAGGACCGGGCCAGGACAGGAGCGCUGGAGUGUGCCGAGACCGGAGUCUUCACUUGGACCUGAAUCCUGAAUCCAAACUGCAGACAUGGCAGCUUCUUUGGCAGAGAAACUAA